UAUCGCAAUCCGACGCGGACGUGGUGGCGCAACGGACAAGCAAAUCCGGACCGCCCAGCGCCGUUCGCCCGCGCGAGCACGCCGCUGCGGGAACGCCAGCCAUGCUAAAUCCCAGCGCCGUUCGCCCGCUCCCCGCCACAAGCUCCUCCUCCUCUCCUCCCUACACACUCCAGAGCCAGAGGCAGCACGUGCUGCCGUGCUCGAGCACAGCUAGGCCGCAGCUGCAUCACCAUGGCGGGCGCGCCGCUGCGGAGAUCGGACCUUGACUUCGCCGACGUCUUUGGCGGCCCGCCGCGCCGCGUGUCUGGGAACGAGCACCGCUCGCAGCGCGGCUCGCAGGACACCUCGUCGUUCGAGUCCGCGACGAGGGCGGGGAGCGGCGGACCGGACACGCCCGUUUUCGGGGACCGGGGGAGCUCCGACCGAAGAAGGCAGCUCGGGGAGGAGUUCUACAAGGACAUAUUCCCCGGGAGCGAGGCAGCGUCGCCCAGGCGGAGCGGCGCCGGGGAUUGGGGGAAUGUGUUCGGCGCGCAGGCUUCGCCUGUCUCCACGGCCCGCCCGCGAUCGAGCUUCUCCAUUCGGUUCAACAGAGGCAUGGACAGUUCAAUGCCUACUUCUCCCUCUCAGCAAAUGUCCAACAGAAACGAUGAUGGCACAUCUUAUGCUUAUAGUGUUCCAACUUCACCCAAUGCAUCCAUGAACAAUUAUCUUGCUCAAGGGGCAGCCCGACAAGAUUCGAAGAAGAAUCCCUUCUCAUGGCAUCGCUAUCCAUUUCUAUCUAGGUUCCGUUCUCAAAGUGGAGAAAAGAAGAGCACAUCUAAUCAUGUCAGCUCAAUGGACAAUGAAUUUGAAGGGACUCCUGUUAACUUGGAAAGUAUCAUGGCCAAUAACAAGUUCCAUUUUUCCUUCUACAAGUGGGCAGGCAAAGGAGCCUUGUUAGUGUUGCCAGCUACUGCACAAGAAAAGUCCGUAGACAUCAUUGGACUGAGAAGCUUCCCUCAAGUGGUCAUUCAAGGUAUUGAUCUAAUUGAUUGUGAAGACAGCAUGUCAACUGCCACCGGAACAGCCAAAAAUCAGACAGAUUACGAAGAUUCGAAAUCUGGAAAACAUAGCGCAAACUCAGCAACCAAGGAUGGAGCUAUUCCUUUACUCUUUGAAGACUACAUGCAAGGAACGAAACAGAGCAAUGAUCAUACAAAGAAUGAUGUUUCAUCAACUACCCUGAGUUCUAAAAUUUCUCGAUCACCUUCAGGGGAGAGAAGUCGUAGUAGCAGGGUGAAGGAAAAGAUGAAGGGUUUCAUAAAACUAUUUAGCCCUGAGAGUUCACCAAAGCGCAAACGAGCACCGGAAACACAAAGGCAAACAUCUGUGGGGAAAAAUGGAACCAAAACUGAACUGCAUGAUAAGUUCAGCAUGUCCAGUUUGGAGGCCAGUGAGGAUGUGGAAACGGUACAAAUGAACAGCCAGAAUGCUUUUACUGCCGAACCUUUUCCAAUGACUGAAGUGCAAGAGAGGUUGGACAAACCAGUUUUGACAGCGAAUAGUAAAAUGGAUACAGCUACGGGAAGUAAUGAGGCCGCUUCUAAUGAGCCCAUCCAUGAUGAUACAAAAGACAAAGCGGCCAACACAAUAGAGCAUGAGGACAUUGAAGAUCUUGAUGGAUGUGUGGUUGAGCAUUUUUCUGAAGAUCAUGUUCUUCAUAAUGAUCAGGAAAAGGAGCUAAUAAAGAUAUCAGAAGCUAAAAUUCGCGAAUGGUCUAGGGGAAAAGAAGGAAAUAUUAGGUCAUUGCUUUCAACACUGCAAUAUGUCUUAUGGCCUGAGAGUGGAUGGAAACCAGUUCCACUUGUUGAUAUAAUUGAAGGAGCAGCAGUUAAGAAGGCUUACCAGAAAGCAUUAUUGUGCCUUCAUCCAGAUAAGUUGCAGCAACGAGGUGCUGCCAUGCAUCAGAAGUGUAUAGCAGAGAAGGUUUUUGACAUUUUACAGGAAGCAUGGAAGGAAUUCAAUUCGGUCACUUUUGGAUAGUACUAGGAGUUUAUUUCACUACUGUAUUGGUCCAAUGAUCUAUCGCACAGGCAUAUUGCUUCCCGGUGUCUGCAACAGUUAGUUGGUUGAAACAACCUAGAACAGUACAGCAAAUGGGCAACCGAGAGUUCGGUUUGUGAAUUUCGGUGCACAGUCAAUGCCGACCUCCGCCAUUUCUUCAAAAUUCCGACUGUAACAAGUGUAAUAUGUAAUAUUGGUUAAUCAGGUUUAAUGGAUCCAGACGAUGACUGAAAUGUCAUUUAAGGAAUGCUUUGUGCACAGCCAUUUGAUGUGUGCCUAGUAGCUGUUGGUGCAUAAAUUUUGUCUAAGCUUCGGAUGAAAAAGGUUAUCAAUCUUUUA